AUGAGCAAACUGGUCCUGCGCUGCCUCGCGUCCUCCCCCAAGCCCGGCCUAAUUUGCUCGUACCGCGCCGCCCGACGAAUCCCCGCCGCCGCCGUCCCUCGCUCGCCGUUUUCCACCGUUGCCGCGCGCGCCAUGGCCGCCUCGUACACGCCUAGUCCGGUGCUGCAGGUGCCGCGCGUCACGAUUGCGUGCGUGCAGCUGGCGUCGGGCGCGGACAAGGCCGCCAACCUCGCGCACGCGGCGUCGCAGGUCGCGCACGCGGCGGCGUCGACGGGCGCCAAGAUUGUCGUGCUCCCCGAGUGCUUCAACUCGCCGUACGGCACCGGCUUCUUCCCGACGUACGCCGAGGUGCUGCAGCCGUCGCCGCCGGCGCCGGACCGCGCCCCGUCCUUCCACGCCCUGGCCGCCAUGGCCCGCGACAGCGCCGUCUUCCUCGUCGGCGGCUCCAUCCCCGAGCUCGACCCGGCCACGGGCCGCCACUACAACACGAGCCUCGUCUUCGGCCCCGACGGCGCGCUGCUCGCCGCCCACCGCAAGGUCCACCUCUUCGACAUUGACAUCCCCGGCAAGAUCACCUUCAAGGAGUCCGAGGUGCUGACGGCCGGCGACGCCCUCACGCUCGUGGCCCUGCCUGGGUACGGCACCGUUGCCGUCGCCAUUUGCUACGACGUGCGCUUCCCGGAGCUCGCCACCAUAGCGGCCAGGAGGGGCGCGUUCGCGCUCAUAUACCCCGGCGCGUUCAACCUCACGACCGGCGCGCUGCACUGGGAGCUGCUGGCGCGCGGCCGCGCCGUGGACAACCAGAUUUACGUCGCCAUGUGCAGCCCGGCCCGCGACAUGAGCGCCGGUUACCAUGCCUGGGGCCACUCCAUGGUCGUUAGCCCCAUGGCAAAGGUGCUCGCCGAGGCGCAGGAGCACGAGGCCGUCAUCAGCGCCGAGCUGGUCAGUGAUGAGAUUGAAGAGGCCCGUAGGAACAUCCCGCUGCGCACGCAGAGACGGUUUGACGUCUAUCCGGAUGUGGCCCAGGGAAAGCAGUAA